AUGUCAUCUACUCUUAUAAAUAGACUGAUUCAGCAACAAGUUAUUCCUAAAACAGCCAUCCAGUUCUUUGAUAAAGAUAUCAUUACCAAUACAUUUGAUAGGUCAUUUAAAAUUACACAUGAUAUAAAUGUGGAUGGUGUAGAUAUAGAACAGCUAAAAAAUGAUAAUUUUGAUUUACAACCAUUAUAUUUACUUGAUUUUUGGACUUAUAAAUUACAACUAUUUAUGGAGACCAACACUAGUGAUGAGCACUCAUAUGGUGACAUAGUAAUUAAAAUGACAUGUCAAACAAUUAUUCUCAAGCUUUUAGCCACUGCAACAAAAAGUGAACUUAAUAAAUACUUUAAAAGGGUGCUUAAGUAUGCUGAAGAACUAUUUACAAAUGAUAUUUGGAUAGUACAUUUUACGUGUGAAGAUGGUUAUAGAACUCAGAAAUCUAAGAAUAGAUCUCAUUGGCCAUCUGAUAACAGAAUUAAUACUGUCCACUUUUUUCAUAACCAUCUGUUUGAAUAUGUACUAAUGAAUGCCCGAUAUUUAGAUAGCUCUGAUAACAACUUUAAGUCGAAAGCUGCCAAAUCGGGGACUAUCUAG